GUCGGCUGGAUCGUGGUGUGGACCAUGCUCGCCAUCAACAUCGAGGUGGCUGCCUAUGCGAUUCUCGGCUGCUUCUACUUGUUUCAGCAGUUCAAGAACAGUCCCCAGAUCAUCAAUGUGCUGCUCAUUGGGCUGGUCUAUCCCCUGAUUGCGUGGUUCCAAGCGCUCUUGGGAAUCAUUCUGUACGAGAAAAUGCCAGGGUCAAAUCGAGUGCCCAAGGUCUGCGAGGACGAAGACUUUCGAGGCAGCCGGCAGAGCUUCAUCUACACAGACUCGGGUAUGCGCUCCGGGCAUAGACAGCGGGCCGUCUACUCGCCGGUACAGUUAGAUUGAGUGCCAAUUAAGACGCUGGCUGACUUUCUGCGUUCAAUCGCCAUCAUCCUUCCGUGCCUGUCGGUACCCAUCGGACGGAUGGGCGACGAUGAACUCUGCUGCAACCGGCCAUCGAACGGGUGCACCCACAGAAACCCUAAAGCGAGGCUCGGUGCUGGUUCUCACCACCAUCAGCCCGUUCAUCAAGCUGAUUUCCAUGGAGUGGACGACGGCGUCGUGGAUAAUAUCGCUGUUCGGCAUGGGCGCGAGCCGGGUCCUGAUUUCGCUUGCACAAUACGCCCUCUUCCGGCUCUACCUUGCGAACGAGAUGGAGCAACUCGCUGCGAAUCGCAACCAGAGGCCGACCAGG